AUGGACAACGACUUCCAACUCUUCACUUCCCUCCGCUAUGACCCAGCCCUGCUGCAAGUUUCGGUCCGCAAGCUCAGCUACGGUGGCUGGAACUCGGUGAACUCGUCUCCUCUUUACAUGCUUGACUAUCACCGAGACCGCAUGCUACGGGCAGCCACCCAUUGGGGUUGGAAUGCGGCAGUUGAUGUCCUCCAAGGGGAUUCCGGUCUGAAACGAUUAGUAGAACUUGUCGAAAGCAGCAUCCGAGAAGAUCAACAGUCUCCAUUGAGAGUGAGGAUAGCGAUCACGAAGGACGGCGAGCUUUCCAUAACCAGUGGUCCGGUCCCAGAAACAACUCUCGCCAACCUCUUUCCCGAAAACCUUCCGCCGCCAGAAAGGGCAGGCCACGACGGUGAGGGUCGGGAUAUACCAUCCAAGUCUCCAGGCUACGAGAUCUUGGUCGAUACACCAAUAACAACUCGUUCCGAGCACACUCACUUCAAGACAACCAAGCGGGCGGCCUAUGAUGGGGCACGGCAAAGGGCACAGAUCAGUCUCUUCGACUUGAAAGAGGUCCUCAUAGUCAAUGAAACCAAUGGUGCUGUCAUGGAAGGCUCCACCACAACCCCCUACUUUUGGAGAGAUGGUAGGUGGGUAACGCCAGCCGUGAGUAAAGAAUAUAACCUGGAGGAUGGAAGUGGUGGCCAAAGCGGUACAUCGAGGAGAUGGGCUCUCGAGAGGUUUGUUAAUAUUAUCUUUUCGGGCCGCUUGGAAAGGCCAUUCCCCAGGAUGGACGACGCGCUCUUCCAAACUCAUGCCGAUUUACGGAAGAGGCUGGCUCUCCACAAAAUCAAGGCCAUCCCAAACAGCAACUAUAAACGCCAUGGCACCAAAUCCUACGUCUCGGUGCUUAAUAGAUUUGGCUUCCAACCCACACAACCUGGGCCUUACUACCAAAAGUUCAUCAAGUCCGACGAUAUCCCGCCCAAAGCAGCGCCAGGAGUCAGGCCGGGCCGCAUAUGGGCCGGCCUCUUCAAGAAAGUCGAGGGCAAAAAAGAGGGGGGAGAAGUCACUGCCGAGGACCAGCAGAACGAUGCCGAAUACCUCUGCGAGGUGACAAUCGGCACAGGCGUUGGUUCUGAUAUACAAAAGGUCAUGCUGGAUUUCGAUACCGGCUCUGCUGACCUUUGGGUUAGCCACAAGAAGUUUGAUCACACCAAGUCGUCCUCGUUUCAGCUAGCGAAAGACAAGACCUGGAAGAUCCAGUAUGGCGAUGGAAGUUCGGCGUCGGGCACCGUCGGUACCGAUGUUCUUGUGCUCGGCGGCAUCAUCAUCAAGAAGCAGGCCAUCGAGAUUGCAAACGAGAUGUCGGCGCAGUUUAGCGAGGGAACCAUGGAUGGUCUUCUUGGCCUUGCAUUUAGCAAGAUCAAUACGGUCCAGUCCGGCGGCAAGCCAGAUCCCCAGCUCACCCCCGUUGAUAACAUGAUUGCUCAGGAAGAUAUUCCCAAGGAGGCCGAGCUGUUUACGUCAGCCAUCUACAGUAACCGAGACGAGGACCGGCGGUCUUUUUACACCUUCGGCUGGAUCGAUGAAGAUCUUGUUAAGGCGUCGGGCGAGGAGAUUGCCUGGACCAAUAUUGACAAGUCAGAGGGCUUCUGGAUGUUCUCUAGCGAGCACGCGAGCGUCAACGGCGAGCGGAUUACGAUCGAAGGUAACAAGGCAAUAGCUGACACGGGCACCACGCUCGCUCUGGUUACAGACAAGGUCUGCGCUGCCCUCUACUCCAAGAUCCCCGGUGCCGAGUACAACGCGGAGUACCAGGGCUGGACGAUCCCUCAAAGCAUCCCGGUCGAUGAACUCCCCGACUUCAGUGUCGCCGUCGGCGGCAAGGAAUUUGUCAUUCAGAAAGAGGACCUGAUAUUUGUCCCAGCCGAUAAAAAAUUCUUCUACGGUGGUGUGCAGUCCCGGGGCGAGAACCCCUUUGACAUUCUAGGAAACACCUUCCUAAAGUCGAUCUACGCGAUUUGGGACCAGGGCAACAGCCGAUUCGGUGCUGUCCGCAAGAUCGAGCCAUUCCAGCACCCAAUCAAGUACAACUUGCAACCUUUGUCGUCUGACGAGCGUACGAAGCUGGGGAUCAAGAAGGGCUACGGGGACAUCAAUACGAUACCUUUCACAGAGAGUGCCUGA